GUACCAGGGAGGAUUUGGAAUGGGACCUGACGGCACCAUCCGUCCCAAGUGCUCUGUGUCCUCCACGCCUUGCCACCCUCUCCCCACCAGACCCAUCCCAAUCCCAUAUCCCUGUCCCACUCAGCUGCCCAGGCCACUGCCUUCCAUCCAGGAAGCAAACAGUAACGCCCCCCCCCCCUCCAUAGGUCUCCGGGCCACAUCUGUCCUCAAAGCCCUGCUCCUCACCCUCAGCCCGUUCCUCUCACACCCCAGCCCUUUCUUUCCCACCUUGACAGCCUCUUCUAUCCCCAGCUGAACUGUCACUGCUCCAGGAGCCUGCCCAGCGAGGGCCCCUGCUGCCCAGGCUCUCGCCCGCUGCCCAGGGGCUCCUUCAGGGAGCAGAGGCAGGUGACCCGCAGGCUUCCUUGCCAACAGGUGUCCUGUGUGAACGGAGAGGAAGGGACGUGUCUGUCCUCUCCCGCCGUGUCCUCAGGACCCAGGCCCCGCCCGAGUGGAUGGGGAGGGGGGUGACCGAGGGGUCGUGUCCCUGGUAAACCACUGCAGUGCGGUUCUGAGCCAUUUACCUCUCCGGGCCUCGCCUUCCUCCACCUGGGCCUCAGCACCCCGCUUGGGGGAAUUGGGCAAAUAAUGGCCGUGAACCUGGGAGGCGUGAGCCAGCUCCUCUCCUCCCAUUCACACUCACCCAGCUGGGUCCCAGGCCUCACCCUCAGCCACCCACACGGCACCUCCUCCCAGCCCCACCUGCCAAUCCUCCCAGUUGCCUGAGGUGGAGCAGCCGGCUCUCAGGACACCUCAGACUCCCGGGCAGACACCAUGGGGGGGCUGGGACCCUGGGCUCGAUACGGGCUGCUGACUGCGGCUCACCUGCUGGCCCUGGGCCUCGGGGCUGCGGUGCUCCAGGCCCUGGAGGGGCCCCCCGCACGCCGGCUCCAGGCCCAGCUCAGGGCCGAGCUGGCCGCUUUCCAGGCGGAGUAUGGGGCAUGCCUGCCAACCGGGGCACUGGAGGAGCUGCUGGGCACCGCCCUGGCAGCCCAGGCCCAUGGGAUCUCCAGCCUGGGCAACGUCUCCGAGGCUGGGACCUGGGAUCUGCCCUCAGCCCUGCUCUUCACUGCCAGCCUCCUCACCACCACGGGUUACGGCCACAUGGCCCCACUAUCCGCAGGCGGAAAGGCCUUCUGUGUGGUUUACGCGGCCCUGGGGCUGCCAGCUUCCCUAGCCCUGAUGGCCACCCUCCGCCACUGCCUGCUGCCUCUGCUCAGCUGCCCAGGGGCCUGGGUAGCUGUCCGCUGGCAGCUGGCCCCAGCCAGGGCCGCGCUGCUGCAGGCACUUGGUCUGGGCCUGCUGGUGGCUGGCACCUUCGUGCUGCUGCCCGCGCUGCUGCUGUGGGGCCUGCAGGGCAACGACAGCCUGCUGGGGGCCAUCUACUUCUGCUUCGGCUCCCUCAGCACCAUCGGCCUGGGGGACCUGCUGCCUGGGCGUGACCGGGACCUGAAUCCAGUGCUUUACCACCUUGGCCAGAUCGCACUUCUCGGUUACCUGCUCCUGGGGCUGCUGGCCGUGCUGCUGGCGGCGGAGACCUUCGCGGAGCUGCCGCAGGCCCGGGCCCUGGUGAGGCUCUUUGGGGCCCGCGGCCCUUCGGCUGCUGAGGACCAGGGUGGCAUCCUGGGUCAGGAUGAGCUGGCUCUGAGCACCCUGCCCCCCUCGGCUGCAGCCCCAGACCAGGCCCCGCCUGCCGACAGGUGAUGGCGCUAACCCCUCUAUCCUCCAGAGGCGAAGG